UAUUCACCCAAAGCAGAAAAACCAUCAUGGCCGCGGCCGUAGUACGAGGCAUUGGCUCUAACCUUGCUAAAAACCUUCGAGAGAUUCGUCUACAUUUGUGCCAGACAUCGCCUGCGAGUCAAGGAGCAAGGGAUUUUGUGGAGCAGCACUAUGUGGAACUGAAGAAGGCAAACCCCACAUUCCCCAUCCUCAUCAGGGAGUGCUCGGGUGUUCAGCCUAAGCUUUGGGCAAGAUAUGAUUUUGGUAAAGAGAGCAGUGUGGCCCUUGACAAUAUGAACGCUGACCAAGUGGCUAAAGCGUUGGAGACAGUUGUGAAAUCAAAAGCAUGACCAGUCCAGCUGCCCUGAAGACAGUGUUGAUUUGGGAAUUACAUGUGUAUCACAUACAUCUCUAUUGCUGUUUUAAUAAAUCUGAGUACUAACUUGUGACAA